GAUCACGCAGUUUUAGACGCUACUCGACUCGCUCGAUAGCUCUGCGCCGUGCCAAGUGAAAAAAUAAUAAAAUGCAAGUGGUUUUUACUAUCAACGGAAAAAUAUACAAAGCGAAUAGUGGGACCGUUCCGGUUGAGACAUCGCUUGGCACAUUUCUUCGCUAUCAUGCGCAGCUCAAGGGCACCAAAUUUAUGUGUCGUGAGGCCGGUUGCGGGGCUUGUUUGGUCAACAUAACCGGUCAACACCCUGUCACCAAGAGCACCAUCUCGCGAGCAGUUAAUUCGUGCCUGUUUCCGCUGUUCUCCUGCCACGGGCUGGACAUCGUGACGGUAGAAGGAAUCGGUAACAAGCUGAAGGGUUACCAUGCGACCCAGCAGCGGUUGGCCCAUUUCAACGGGACGCAAUGUGGCUACUGCUCACCGGGGAUGGUCAUGAACAUGUACAGCUUGCUCGAGGCCAAGCAGGGUAAGGUGACGAUGGAGGACGUUGAGAACUCCUUUGGCGGUAACAUCUGUCGCUGUACCGGCUAUCGAUCGAUUCUGGAUGCCUUUAAGUCUAUGGCGAUCGAUGCAGAUCCAAAACUACUGGCCGUCUGCCAGGACAUUGAGGAUGUACCGAAGAUUUGCGCAAAGAGUGGUGGUAGGUGCAGCGGAACCUGCUCGAUGGCUGCGUUAUGCGAGGAAGCGAACGAUAUACAACUGAGCUUCCAAGGUGGCAAGGAGUGGUACAAGGUAGAAAAUGUGCAAACAGUAUUCAAGAUCUUCGACAAGAUUGGAACGAAACCGUAUAUGCUCGUUGCCGGAAACACUGCUACAGGAGUCUAUCGGCGAUCGUCUGAUUUGGAGGUAUUUAUCGACAUUACCUCCGUCGCUGAUCUGCGCGUUCACUUCUUCAACGAUGCACUCAUAAUCGGCGCUAACGUUUCACUAACUGAAUUAAUGACAAUACUGGAAGAGGCGAGUCAUAGCGAGGGCUACGAGUACUGUGGCGAACUCGUGAAACACCUGGAUCUGGUGGCUAAUGUGCCCGUCCGCAAUGUCGGUACGAUUGCCGGGAACCUAAGCAUCAAACAUCGCCAUCCGGCCUUUCCUUCCGAUUUGUAUCUGCUACUCGAAGGUGUUGGUGCACGCCUUACGAUCGCUACAUCACACGUGAGUACCAAGAGCGUCACGGUGGAAGAGUAUCUAAAACUGGGCAUGCACAAGAAGAUCAUUCUGAACGUUCUGCUAUACCCGAUGGAUCCGUCCCGCUAUACACUGCGCACAUACAAAAUCAUGCCCAGGGCACAAAACGCACACGCGUACGUAAAUGCGUCUAUCCUGCUGAACAUCCAGGAAUCGGUGGUUCGCUAUGCAUCGAUCUGUUACGGUGGCAUCAAUCCGCAGUUUACUCAUGCAACCGCACUGGAGGAGUUUCUUGUCGGUAAGAACGUUUUCGAGGAUAAUGUACUCCAGGAGGCUCUAGCAGUGCUGGACAGCUCACUGGAACCGGACGCGGUAUUGCCCGACGCAUCACCUGACUAUCGGAAGCAGCUCGCAUUGUCGCUCUUCUACCGGGCAACUCUUAGCGUUGGCAGGGCGCAUAACAUCCGCCUCAAUCCACUCUACGCUUCCGGUGCUGUAACACACGCUCGAUUGCUAUCCAGUGGUCAGCAGACUUACGACACGAUACAGGAUAACUGGCCGAUGACGAAGCACAUACCCAAGGUGGAAGGGCUUGCUCAGACGGCCGGUGAAGCGGACUACAUUGACGAUCUACCCAAUCAACCUCACCAGCUGUUCGGUGCUUUCGUACUGGCAAGAAAACCACACUGCCGUAUCCUGAGUAUCGACGCAACCGAAGCUCUGAGUCAGCCCGGUGUAGAAGCUUUCUAUUCCGCCAAGGACAUCCCGGGAACGAACAAUUUCAUGCCCACCGAGCUGGGGAAUAAGGAAACCGAAGAGAUCUUCUGUAGCGAUCGAGUAUUGUAUCAUGGCCAACCGGUGGGUAUCAUUCUGGCCGAAAGCUUUGACGAGGCUUACCGGGCUGCCCAGUUGGUCGCGAUUGAAUAUGGGCCGUCCGAUGGGCACCCAAUCCUGCCCACCGUUCGCGAUGUCCUCAGGGCAGGAGCUACCGAUCGUAUUCACCCAAGCGAUGAAGUGCAGAUAGGCGAACAGUAUCGGGAGGCCGAUGAGAAUGAAAACGGCAUUAGAAUUCAAGGUAGCUUUUAUCUACCGAGUCAGUAUCAUUUCUCGAUGGAAACUCAGCAAUGUAUCUGCGUACCGAUUGACGACGGAAUGAAUGUUUUCUCAUCAACGCAAUGGGUUGAUAUAUGCCAAAUUGCAAUCGCCAGGGCUCUGCUAAUACCCGAGAACAGCCUCAACUUCCACAUCCGUCGGUUGGGAGGUGCAUUUGGAUCGAAGAUUUCGCGAGCCUCCCAGGUGGCCUGUGCCUGUGCCGUGGCAGCUCAUUUCAGCCAACGACCAGUGCGGCUGAUAGUCUCACUCGAAGACAACAUGGCGGCUAUCGGUAAACGGUCAGCCUGUGCCAGUAACUAUGAGAUCGAAGUGGAUGAGCGGGGUAAGGUGCGACGAUUGCUGAACCAGUUCUACCAGGAUUCGGGCUGCAGUUUGAAUGAACCAGUGGAGAAGGUGACGUUCCUGUUCUAUCGCAAUUGCUAUGACACGAGCGCCUGGAAGGUGGUCGGAAACAGUGUGCUGACGAAUUCCCCCUCUACCACCUACUGCAGAGGUCCUGGAACGAACGAGGGUAUAAGUAUGGCGGAAAAUUUCAUGGAGAACAUCGCCCAUCGGUUGGGGCUAGAUCCGCUAGAGGUCCGAAUGCAGAACUUACCCGAGGAUAGCCCCAUUCGUCAACUGCUACCAGAGUUCGCCCGUGAUGUGGAGUACGAAAGGCGACGCAAUGAGAUCAAGCAGUACAAUGAACAGAACCGCUGGAUGAAACGUGGCAUCUCUAUCGUUCCGAUGAGAUACCCUCAGUAUUUUGUGGGAACGCUCCACGCGCUGGUUUCGAUUUACCACGCAGAUGGUACCGUGGCCAUCACUACCGGUGGCAUUGAUAUGGGGCAAGGUGUGCAUACUAAAAUUUUACAGGUUGCCGCCCGCACACUUUGCAUACCGAUGAGCAUGAUUAAGGUGAAAGGAAUGGCCAACCUCACUUCACCAAACGCCAUCGUUUCCGGUGGCAGCAUGACCAGCGAUGCCGCCUGUUAUGCUGUCAAGAAGGCGUGCGAGUUGCUAAACGAACGUAUUGGGCCCUUGAAGGAACAGAAUCCCGAUGCUUCGUGGGAGACCAUCACCCAGCUGUGCUACCAGCAGCAUGUAGACCUGUGCGCACUCUAUCAAUACAAUGUGAACGAGAUGCAGCACUACGUCGUCUGGGGGUUAACGUGCUCGGAGAUAGCGGUCGAUAUUCUAACCGGGAAUGUGCAGAUUUGCCGAGUCGACAUCCUGGAGGAUGUCGGUGAAAGCAUCAGUCCCGGCAUCGACAUCGGACAGAUUGAGGGCGCGUUCGUGAUGGGCAUUGGAUUGUACUUUACUGAGCAGCUCGUCUAUGACCCCGGGAACGGGGCGUUGCUAAACAACAGAUCCUGGCAUUACAAACCAGCAGGCGCGAAGGAUAUUCCCGUGGACUUUCGAGUGAAGUUCCUGCAGCGUACGCACAACGAGAACUUUGUGCUACGCUCCAAAACCACUGGUGAGCCGGCACUGAACAUGACAGUUUCGCUGCUGUUCGCUCUACGGAUGGCCCUAAAUUCGGCUCGGCGCCAAGCUGGCCUUUCAGAUGAUUGGUAUAUGAUCGAUGUUCCUGCAACUCCUGAGCAAAUCUACUUGCUGGCUGGUAAUACCGCCAACCAGUUUAGGUUAUCAUGAAGAUACGUUCGGAUCUUGUGGAUUAUAAGAAAAUGUAGUACGAGAUAUGGAUUUUACCAAUAAAUAAGGGGUAUGGAUCAAGUAGAAAAAAAUGGCCCACCUUUUUGAU